AUGGCAAAUGGGAGGCAAGAGAAUGGAACGGCAGGGAUGGAGCGACACAUCCGGGGACCGAGUGCUGUCGGUCGACUGCCAUUCGUCCUCCGGACACAAACAUCGACAAGCACGGUCACCUCGUUUACCGGCACUCCUUGCACCAGGAUAUUCGAUGCCACCAGCACAGGCGUUAUCACCGACAUCGACCCCCUGCAACGGACGCAAACAACAACGGCCACGGUCACUUCCUUCCUUGGAGUGAAACGGCCAUCUGCAACAUGGCCGCCCCACGCUUCAUUGCCAUUGGCAAUGCGACCAAAGAUGGGCGAACCCGUCCCUCCUAUCGCCCAAGCCCCGACUCCACGACAGGAUGUUGGGGCUGACUGUCGUCCUCCCCUUUCCCCCAAGUCCGAUCCCGGCCACCCCAUCCUCCGUUCCCCGAGGGACUACCACUCCGUCAGCUACUGGCAGCUCGAUUCCAAGCUCUGCAACCCCAUCUGCCACUCUGAUCUUGCCUACAACAGCCUCUCAGCUGCGAACCUCACCAUCAUCGUCCCCAACCAGGUCCACCGAGACCUCCUCCUCAGCGACACUACGCCUCCCCCGAAAUCCCUUCCGCCCGAACCAGCGAGUCUCCUCUCGACGGGACAAAUAGCCGGCAUCAUAGUCGGCGCCGUCUUCGCGGGCUUCCUGCUCCUCAGCGGCGUCGCCUUCCUCUUCCGUCGGCGCGUCCGAGCCCACCGCCGCGCAACAGCUCAAGCGAAUAUCCAACAGCAGCUCACGCCGAACCCUGCACCCAACAUGCCAUCGAGCAGACCUCCAGGAGCACCGCCCCAGGCCGCCGCAUCCCCAUCAGCGCCCUCGCCAGUGGUACCCACAGGCCCGACAUCAGGAGCCGGGGCCGGAUCGAGCUCGUCCUCGCAGGGCGGCUACUCCGGCCUGACUGGCGCAGGGGAGGUCAGGGUCGUGAUACGGCCUGCGCCGGCGCGGCGCCCGGGGACUGGUGCAGCAGGCGGUGGGGUGCAGGGCUUGUAUGGCAGAGUGCUUGGGAGCGACGGCCCCGCGUCGGGGGUGACUUCGCCCGAUCCUAGGGGAUGGAGUGUCGACGGAGAAAGGGGGAGCGAGGCUGGUACGAGCGGCGGACGGAGCUCGUGGCCGGAGCCGGGGAGGGCGUGGUGGCGGGAUAGCUAG